AUGGAACCAGACUAUGUGCAGAUGGUUCUGAGUGUGUCCUCUACAGCCAUGAGUGUGAUGGACAUAGGGACUGCUCCGAUGGAUCUGAUGAGGAAGGCUGUGUGUGUCCUCUACAGCCAUGAGUGUGAUGGACAUAGGGACUGCUCCGAUGGAUCUGAUGAGGAUGGCUGUGAGGAGGACUGUGUUGAUGGCUCUGAUGAAGUGAACUGCCAGGGUGUAGUGGUUCCAACCUCCAGUCUAAACGCCCCAAAGUGUCAACAGGGCUCCAAACUCUGUGCAGAUGGCUUGGAGUGUGUCAAUUACAGCCAUGUGUGCGAUGGACAUACAGACUGUAGUGAUGGGUCAGAUGAGGACCAAUGUGGUGAGUUACUUAUUGACUGUUGUUGA